AUGGCCGACGGAAAUCGAGAUGUGUCGCAGUACAAGUACUCGGCGAUGUCGAACCUGGUUCUCCAGGCCGACCGUCGAUUUGUCACAAGACGAACUGAUGAAGCCACGGGUGAUCCAGAGUCGCUCGCCGGGCGCUUGAGUAUUCGAGAUAUGGGUGCUCGAGUCGCACGCGACGACGCGCCGAAACAAAAGAAGCAACCUGGACCUCCUGACAUCGAGCGAGGCAGCCUAAGAGAAGGGGAGGAUAUCCUAGCACGAGAACAGCGCAGACGAAAGGCGGAGGCGCCCCAAUCGACCGGUGUUCUCGGCGCCAACGACCUCUUGGUGGAGGGCAUCACAUACCGACCCCGAACCGCAGCGACGCGAGCGACUUUCGACCUCAUUAUCACUAUAGUAGCCCAAAACCUCGGCGAUGUACCACAUGAGGUUGUGCGCAGCGCGGCGGAUGCUGCUUUGGAGUACCUGAAGGACGACGAUUUGAAGGAUCUGGAUAAGAAGAGAGAAAUUGACGACAUCUUGGGAGUAACACUAAACCCCAAGCAAUUUAAUGAGCUUGUGAAUCUCGGCAAGAAGAUUACAGAUUACGACGCCCAGGACGACGACGACGACGUUGCUAUGGGAGGUGCCGAUGGCGACGAUGCUGAAAUAGACGAACGCCAAGGUGUCGCAGUUGCUUUCGAUGAAGACGAUGAGGAUGAAGGCGACGGGAUUGUUCAUGAGGUCCGCGAUGAGUCGUCCGAGGAUGAAGAGGAGGAGGAAGACAAGGAACAGAGUACCGAAGGCAAGGAGGAAGAUGCUGUUGCCGAUGUUGGGGAUGAGAUGAUCCUCGACUCAGCGCCUUCAGGAGGUAAACGGGAUGAAAAAGAAAAGCACAGCGUACCCGCCCGGGACAUCGAUGCGUUCUGGCUACAGCGUCAGAUUGGAGCUCUAUAUCCCGAUGCUCACGAGCAAACCGACAAAACAAAGGAGGCACUCACAAUUCUGUCUGGAGAGCCAGGUGAUGAUGGUGAGGAGAAGUCUUUGCGUGAAGUUGAGAACGAUCUCAUGGAGCUUUUUGACUUUGAGCAUCACGAACUGGUACAGAAGCUAGUCGAGAACAGGGAGAAGGUCUUCUGGCUUACAAAAUUGGCACGAACGGAAACUCCUGAGCAACGCGCUGAUGUCGAGCGAGAGAUGGGCUCGGAAGGUCUCCAUUGGAUCCUCAAUGAACUCAAGGGCAAGGACACAGCUGAUGCCAAGAAGGGAAAUAUGGACAUCAAGAUGGACAUUGAUGUUCCGGCUUCUUUUACUGCCGACGGGCCCAAGACUGAACGUGCCGAUGGUCAACUUAUUGGUGGACUCCAGCCUCGAAAGCUCAUCAACCUCGACAACCUGGUUUUCGAUCAAGGAAAUCAUCUUAUGACAAACCCCAAGGUCCGGCUGCCGGAAGGCUCAACAAAGAGAACCUUUAAGGGUUAUGAGGAAAUCCACAUUCCUACACCCAAGAAGCGUAAUGAGCCUGGCGAUGUUUUGAUGCCCAUUACCGAUAUGCCUGAGUGGGCGCGAACCCCUUUCAGUAAGAAUCAAUCGUUGAACAAGAUCCAGUCAAAGUGUUAUCCCUCAGCAUUUAACGAUGAUGGAAACAUGCUUGUUUGUGCUCCUACUGGUAGUGGAAAGACGAACGUGGGUAUGCUCACGAUUCUUCGAGAGAUUGGAAAGCAUCGCAAUCCAGAGACUGGCGAUAUUGAUCUCGAUGCUUUCAAGAUCGUCUGUAUCGCUCCCCUCAAGGCUCUUGUCCAGGAACAGGUCGGCAACCUGGGCAACAGACUUGAGCCAUAUGGUAUUCGUGUUGCAGAGUUGACUGGCGAUCGUCAGCUUACCAAGCAGCAAAUUGCCGAGACACAGAUUAUCGUCACUACACCUGAGAAGUGGGAUGUUAUCACCAGAAAGUCCAACGACUUGACUUACACCAAUAUGGUGCGCCUCAUCAUUAUUGACGAAAUCCAUUUGCUUCACGAUGAUCGCGGUCCUGUGCUGGAAAGCAUUGUCAGCCGAACUAUCCGCAAGACGGAACAGACUGGCGAGCCAGUUCGAAUCCUUGGUUUGUCUGCCACACUUCCCAACUACAAAGAUGUUGCGAGCUUCUUGCGCGUGAAUACGAAGAAGGGCCUCUUCCACUUUGAUGGCUCUUACAGACCCUGUCCUUUACGACAGGAGUUUGUUGGUGUCACUGACCGCAAAGCCAUCAAGCAGCUAAAGACUAUGAACGAUGUUUGCUACAACAAGGUUAUUGAGCACGUGGGAACAAACCGCAACCAGAUGCUUAUCUUCGUGCACUCUCGAAAGGAGACCGCCAAGACUGCCCGCUAUAUUCGGGACAAGGCUGUUGAGUCAGACACGAUCCACCAGAUCCUUCGUCACGAUGCUGGUAGUCGUGAAGUCCUAAGAGAAGCAUCUGACAUGGCGACUGACCAGGACCUCAAAGACAUUCUGCCCUACGGUUUCGGUAUUCAUCAUGCUGGUAUGAGCCGAGUUGACAGGACAGAUGUCGAGGACCUUUUUGCCCGUGGUGCUAUCCAAGUCUUGGUGUGUACGGCUACGCUGGCCUGGGGUGUGAACCUGCCUGCCCAUACAGUUAUUAUCAAGGGUACGCAAGUUUACUCGCCUGAAAAGGGUAGCUGGGUUGAACUCAGUCCUCAGGAUGUCCUCCAGAUGCUCGGACGUGCCGGUCGACCUCAGUACGACACUUACGGAGAAGGUAUCAUCAUCACAACACAGAGCGAGAUGCAGUACUACCUCUCGCUUCUAAAUCAGCAGCUGCCAAUCGAAAGUCAGUUUGUAAGCAAGCUGGUGGACAACUUGAAUGCUGAAGUUGUGCUUGGUAAUGUCAGAACCCGUGAUGAGGGUGUUGAGUGGCUUGGCUAUACAUAUCUUUUCGUCAGAAUGCUCCGCUCCCCUGGUCUUUACCAGGUUGGUGCAGAGUAUGAGGACGAUGAAGCUCUGGAGCAAAAACGUGUUGACCUGAUUCAUUCCGCCGCUAUGGUUUUGCGGAAGUCAAACCUUAUCAAGUACGACGAGAAGACCGGAAAGCUUCAGUCCACAGAGCUUGGUCGAAUCGCUUCUCACUACUACAUUACAUUUGGUUCUAUGGAGACUUACAACAACCUUAUUCAACCUUCUAUCACCACUAUUGAGCUCUUCCGCGUCUUUUCUCUGAGUGCCGAAUUCAAGUUUAUUCCUGUUCGCCAGGAUGAAAAGCUUGAGUUGGCUAAGCUACUGGGCCGAGUGCCGAUUCCGGUCAAGGAGAGCAUUGAGGAGCCUCAUGCCAAGAUCAACGUGCUUUUGCAAGCGUACAUCUCACGCCUCAAGCUCGAGGGCCUGGCUUUGAUGGCCGAUAUGGUAUAUGUAACACAAUCUGCUGGCCGUAUCCUGCGUGCUAUCUUUGAGAUCGCGAUGAAGAAGGGCUGGGCUAGUGUCGCCAAGACUGCCUUGGACCUCUGCAAGAUGGCUGAGAAGCGCAUGUGGCCAACCAUGUCUCCUCUGCGCCAGUUUCCCACCUGCCCUAAGAGUGUUGUUCAAAAGGCUGAAAGAAUCGAUGUGUCUUGGAGUAGCUAUUUUGAUUUGGAUCCUCCUCGUAUGGGCGAGCUUCUUGGUCUGCCCCGAGAAGGUCGAACUGUUUGUGGCUUGGUAGCCAAGUUUCCUCGUGUCGAGGUUCAGGCUCAAGUUCAACCCAUGACCAGAUCGAUGUUGCGUGUUGAGCUCAGCAUCACUCCUAACUUUGAAUGGGAUGAUUCUAUUCAUGGUGCUGCAGAAAGCUUCUGGAUUCUGGUCGAAGAUUGUGAUGGAGAAGAUAUUCUUUUUCACGACACCUUUUUGCUGCGCAAGGAAUACGCCCAAUCGGAGCAAAACGAGCACAUUGUGGACUUUACGGUUCCUAUAACAGAUCCUAUGCCCCCUAAUUAUUUCGUUUCUGUUGUCUCUGAUCGAUGGAUGCAUGCUGAGACCAGACUUCCUGUUCCUUUCCACAAGCUGAUCUUGCCUGAGAAGUUCCCUCCUCACACAGAACUUCUCGAGCUUCAACCUCUUCCCGUUUCUGCUCUCAAGGUGUCGAGCUACGUUGACCUCUACCCGUCAUGGAAGCAGUUCAAUAGGAUCCAAACACAAACAUUCAACUCGCUCUACAAGACGGAUCAGAAUGUGUUCAUCGGAGCUCCCACAGGCAGCGGCAAGACUGUGUGUGCCGAGUUUGCUAUUCUAAGACACUGGACCAAGGGUGAGGCUGGCCGAGCCGUGUAUAUUGCUCCCUUUCAAGAGCUUGUCGACUCUCGUCUUCAAGAUUGGCAGAAGAGGCUCGGCCACCUUAACGGUGGCAAGGAGAUUGUAAAGCUCACUGGCGAGACAGCAACUGAUCUCAAGCUUCUUGAGAAGGGUGAUUUGAUAUUGGCAACACCAACUCAAUGGGAUGUGUUGUCUAGACAAUGGAAGCGCCGCAAGAACAUUCAGACAGUUGAGCUCUUCAUUGCCGAUGAAGUUCACCUUCUCGGCGGCUCGCAAGGCUACGUGUACGAGACGAUCGUCUCUCGCAUGCACUACAUUCGUACCCAGACCGAGCUGCCCCUGCGAAUUGUCGCAUUGAGUGUCUCGCUAGCGAAUGCCCGGGAUAUUGGUGAAUGGAUCGACGCAAAGAAGCAUGAUACCUACAACUUCAGUCCCCAUGUCCGACCAGUGCCCCUGGAGCUUCACCUUCAGUCAUUCACCAACACCCAUUUCCCAUCUCUCAUGUUGGCAAUGGCCAAACCCACUUAUGUGGCCAUCACACAAAUGUCUCCUGACAAGCCUGCUAUGAUCUUCGUGCCCAGCCGUAAACAAACUCGAGCAACUGCUCGGGAUCUCUUGGCGGCAGCCUUCGCGGAUGAUGACGAGGACCGUUUCCUUCAUGCCGAGGUGGAGCAAAUGCAACCUUUGCUUGAGCGUAUCAACGAGGAGGCACUUGCUGAAGCUCUCUCGCAUGGUGUUGGUUAUUACCAUGAGGCUCUUAGCCAGAGUGAUAAGCGAAUUGUUAAGCAUCUGUAUGAUAAUGGUGCCAUUCAAGUACUUGUUGCCUCUCGGGACGUGUGCUGGGAGCUAAACAGCACUGCUCAUUUGGUCAUUGUCAUGGGCACACAAUACUUCGAGGGCCGAGAGCAUAGAUAUGUCGAUUACCCUCUUAGCGAGGUGCUGCACAUGUUUGGUAAGGCUCUUCGCCCGUCCAAGGAUGGUCGUGGCCGUGGUGUUCUCAUGCUGCCCCAAGUGAAGCGUGAAUACUACAAGAAGUUCCUCAACGAGGCUCUUCCCGUCGAGUCGCAUCUGCACAACUACUUGCACGAUGUCUUCGUGACGGAGAUCAGCACCAAGAUGAUUGAGUCGGGUGACGAUGCGAUCAACUGGACCACAUUUACCUACUUCUACCGAAGACUACUUGCCAACCCCAGCUAUUACAGCUUGACAAGCACAACACAUGAGGGUCUAAGCAAUUACAUGUCUGACUUGGUUGAGACGACUCUGCGUGAGCUCAGCGAAUCGAAGAUCAUUGACUUUGAUGAGGAGGAUGGAUCUGUGGCGCCUCAGAACGCUGCUAUGAUCGCCGCCUACUACAACAUUUCGUACAUCACAAUGCAGACCUUCUUGCUCUCAUUGAGUGUCCGUACAAAGCUUAAGGGUAUCAUGGAAAUUGUCACUUCAGCCACCGAAUUUGAGUCGAUCCAGAUCCGACGUCAUGAGGAUGGCCUGUUGCGACGCAUCUACGACAGAGUCCCUGUCAAGAUGUCUGAAGUAGUUUACGAGUCGCCUCACUUCAAAUCUUUCGUCCUGCUUCAGGCGCAUUUCUCUCGCAUGCAGCUGCCAAUUGAUCUGGCAAAGGAUCAGGAGGUCCUGCUAUCUAAGGUUCUAAGUCUUCUUAGUGCCAUGGUCGACAUCCUGUCUUCAGAUGGUCAUCUCAACGCCAUGAGCGCCAUGGAGAUGUCACAGAUGAUCGUGCAAGGCAUGUGGGAUCGAGAUAGUCCCCUUAAACAGAUUCCUCACUUCUCGACGGAGGUUGUCAAGGCGGCUAAUGAGUUUGGAAUCAAGGACAUUUUCGAUUUCAUGGAGGCCAUGAAUCCGGACGAGAAUGCCGAUUACAACAAACUUGUUAAGCGACUUGGUCUGUCACAAAAGCAACUGGCCGAGGCUGCCAACUUUACAAACGAUAAGUACCCCGAUCUGGAGCUUGAGCACGAGGUUCUGGGCGAGGACGAGAUUAGGGCAGGUGAACCAGCCUACCUGAACAUUAAGAUUGCUCGCAACUUGGAGGAGGAAGACGGCGAGUAUGACUCUACCGUACACGCGCCAUUCUACCCCUCCAAGAAGAUGGAGAAUUGGUGGUUGAUUGUCGGUGAUGAAAAGACCAAGAGUCUCUUGGCCAUCAAGCGAGUGACAAUCGGUCGGGAACUCAACGUUCGCCUCGAGUACACUGUACCAUCACCGGGUGAGCAUGACCUGAAGCUGUUCUUAAUGAGUGAUAGCUAUGUCGGAGUGGACCAAGAGCGGGAGUUUUCGGUUACCGCAGCCGAAGGCAUGGACGUGGAUGACGAUGAAGAGGACGAGGACGAGGACGAAGACGAGGAGUAG